UCCGUGAUGUCAGCGGGUGCUGGCAGGGAGAGGGGGUCGGCUGUUUUUCUGAAGAGUUAGAGCUGAGUAAGACAAAGCACGGUGCCGUCUCCACAGGCGCCAUGGAACUGCUAUCCUGCGUCCUGCUGUGGGAACUGGUGCUUCUUCAGAGCUCUGCAGUCCUAUCCUCAGGGCCUUCAGGGACCGCAGCAGCCAGCAACUCUCUUGUGUCUGAGUCUGCGGUGAGCUUGGCAGCCGGAACCCCGGCGGUACUACGCUGCCAGAGCCCGCGCAUGGUGUGGACCCAAGAUCGGCUGCCUGAUCGCCAGCGCGUGGUCCACUGGGACCUCAGCGAUGGCCCGGGCAGCCAACGGCGCCGACUUGUGGAUAUGUACUCGGCGGGUGAACAGCGCGUGUACGAGCCGCGCGAUCGCGACCGCCUCCUGCUGUCGCCUUCUGCCUUCCACGACGGCAACUUCUCGCUGCUCAUCCGCGCUGUGGAGAGAAGCGACGAAGGGGUGUACACCUGCAAUCUGCACCAUCACUACUGCCACCUGGAUGAGAGCCUGGCUGUGCGCCUUGAGGUCACAGACGAUCCCCUAUUAAGUCGCGCAUACUGGGACGGUGAGAAGGAAGUGUUGGUGGUGGCCCAUGGCGCGCCGGCACUGAUGACUUGCGUGAACCGUGCGCACGUGUGGACUGACCACCACUUAGAGGAGGCGCAGCAGGUGGUCCAUUGGGACCGACAAUUACCUGGGGUGCCACACGACCGCGCUGACCGCUUGCUUGACCUGUAUGCAUCUGGCGAGCGCCGCGCCUACGGACCACCCUUCCUGCGUGAUCGCGUGUCAGUGAACACCAAUGCUUUUGCACGCGGUGACUUCUCCUUACAUAUAGAUGAGCUGGAGCCGGGUGAUGAGGGCAUCUAUUCCUGCCACCUGCACCAUCACUACUGUGGCCUCCACGAGCGCCGAGUCUUCCACCUACAGGUCACGGAGCCUGCCUUUGAACCACCAGCUCGUGCUUCUCCUGGCAAUGGGUCUGGUCACAACAGUGCUCCUAGCCCAGAUCCCACCCUGGCCCGAGGCCACAGCAUCAUCAAUGUCAUUGUCCCAGAGGACCAUUCACAUUUCUUCCAGCAACUGGGCUAUGUGCUGGCCACCCUACUGCUCUUCAUCUUGCUGCUCAUCACUGUAGUCCUGGCUACACGCCAUCGUCACAGUGGAGGAUGCAAGACCUCAGAUAAAAAAGCUGGGAAAUCAAAGGGGAAGGAUGUGAACAUGGUGGAGUUUGCUGUAGCCACAAGGGACCAGGCUCCAUAUAGGACUGAGGACAUCCAGCUAGAUUACAAAAACAACAUCUUGAAGGAGAGGGCUGAGCUGGCCCACAGUCCCCUGCCUGCCAAGGAUGUGGACCUGGAUAAAGAGUUCAGGAAGGAGUACUGCAAAUAAAUGGACCCCGAGCUUCUGGCUGGGCCAGCAGCUCGGUAUCAAAGGACAUCUCCCUGACCCUCCUGCGGUAUUCCUGGCUCUUCUCAGCGGCUGGUCCGACUUACCUAGAAACUUGGCCUAAACUUGGCACAGCAGUUGCCUGUACUUUGCACUUCCUAGAAUCACCACCCUCAUCUUGGUGAGCAACGGUGGGUUCCCUAGGGACUCUGGUAUAGUGUCAUUGCUGCCCUUCAGUCACCUGUACCCACUGAAGGCUGUAUCCCCAACUUCAACACAACAAAAAUCCACCAAAGAUCCACCUUGUUAAUAUCCACCAAAUACAAAGUCCCUCAUGGCCUCUUACUGCUAGGCUUAGGAAGACACUUAAGGAUUCUAGUUAAGACUCCUAGAGCUGGAGAGAUGGCCCAGAGAUUAAGAGCACUGACUGCUCUUCCAGAGGUCCUGGGUUCAAUUCCUAGCAACCACAUGGUGCCUAGUACUCAAUGUAUCAGAGUCAUGGCUGUGAGUCACCAUGUGGAUGCUGGGAAUUGAACCCAGAAAUAUAGUCACAACCAUUUGUGGUGGGAUCUGAUG